AUGAUCGGGGCACCAGAAGUUCAUCAGCUUGGCCAGUUAAUGAUUCAUUUGAUUGGAGCCAAACGAGUACUUGACAUUGGCACUUACACUGGAGCCUCAGCGCUAGCAUGGGCAUUGGCAUUGCCAACCGAUGGCGAGGUACUAACUAUGGACGUUUCGUCGGAUCCGUUCAAUCGAGUUGGACGACCGUUGAUUGGACGGAGAGCAGCAGUCGCCAACAAAAUCAAAUUAUCAAUUGGACCGGCCAUUCAGCAGCUUGAUUUUCUCAUUAAUUCUGGUCAGUCGGGCAAGUGGGAUUUCGCGUUUAUUGAUGCGGAUAAGGGUAAUUAUUUGAACUAUUACGAGAAGUGUGUACAACUUCUGAGACCUGGAGGCGUUAUUCUGAUUGAUAAUGCCUUAUGGGGUGGGAGUGUGGUACGCAAAUUCAAAGAUUUAACCGCAUUCACAAUUGACGCAACGAAUCGACGUGCUGCAAACGAUCCUCGCGUGGAUAAUUUCUUGUUCAAUUUAGGCGACGGAACUCAUGUCAUUUUCAAACGAAAUUACUGA